AUGGCACGAAGCAUGAUCUUCUAUAGUACCCUCCUGGGACUGAUCUUUCUAGCAGUUUCAUUACAAGCAAAUCCUUCCUUUUGGUCCAGGACGACAGAUUUCUUGGGAGAAAAAUACGGCAAUGUGACGGGGAUCAAGAAAACCCUCUUCGGGUCCUCCUCGUGGUCGUCCAUGUUAACUGUCGAUCCAUCAAACAUUGUCAGUCGAAUGAUCCACCAUGGAGGUCUUCUUGUUACACCAGCAAUGGAUCGAGAUUUGAAGUUGAUGGGAGAAUUUUGUCUGGCCGAAAAAGUCCAGCUGAAUGUGGUGGAACGACGAUUGUUGAUUCAUAACUUCACCAUUCGACUACCUGAUGAUGACUCAUCACACGAUGAUGCCCUACGAAUUCACCGGAUUGCGCUACAUUGGGACUCUUACUUCAAGCCAUGUGUAGAAAUUGAAGUCGACGAUGUGUUCAUACUGGUGGACUUUUUCAAUGUCUUUCUGACUAAAAACAACUGGAUUGCGAUGAGCAAGAAGGGAUUUCCUCCUACCUUUGAGGACCCUGACAUGAUUGCACCAGCGAAAGAUUACAAUGCAGAAGAUUCCAUGGUUCGAGUUGGAAGCAUCGCCUUUGCAGGAGACGUCCACCUUCUUUUGAAUUCCAGACCAUUGCAAAAACCAAUUUCCAAUAUUACCUUUUCCUUUGAAAAGUUGAAGGCCUUUGAACGCAUCAUCAAGGAGGAAUCUGCCAAAGUGGAUGCUACCGGAAGGCGAGGAUGUACAACGACUGCCGUGUAUGAUUUGAUAGAAAAACAAGUGAAAGCCGUCAUACAGAAGGUGAUUCAGGAUAUCGCAAGAGACCUAGCCCUUGACAACGGUCAAGGCACCAAGGACAAGCUUCAACUACUCAAGGCAGGCACCAAGAAAACGGUAAAGGAGUAUUUACUGAAUGCUGGCGAAUGGUCGGAGCAACGAUUACAAAAGAAGCUUGCCGAUGAAUUGGACAAACGCGAUAGGGAUGAUGAGAAGCCGCAGGGCAAGAGGAAGCAAUUUCUCAAUAAAAUAAGGCGGUUUGGGCUGUCGCAACUCAAUGAAAUCAUCAGCAUGGGCGAAGAAAAGGAGGAGAUUAAGGAAGAAGACGAGUUAUGA